UUUCGCAAACGGUCGCACGAUCAACAUACAUAUUCCAGCUACAAUUAAUUUACAUUCGUACGGUGUCAAGCAAGAAUAUUACAAGUUUUAUUUAUAUAACAUUAUUUUAUAAUUAACAUUAUAAAAUAUCAUUCUCUGUUAAACGAUAUAAGUUAUACCGUUCUAAGCGUGAUGUUGAAUCCUGAACCAUCCAUAAUACGAGACCCAAUCGUAAAUUAUAAUAAUUUUUUCAGUCCGUACAUCUGUCAUCUUUGCAAAAUUUCAGCAAAUCUGGAAGUAUGUCAAUGGUGCCGUUUGAUCUCUUAUUGUUGUCAAGAGCACUUGGAAUUGCAUCGAGUGGAACACCAAGAGUUUUGUCUGGCUGUAGUAAGCUUGAGUGUCGAAAUAUUCAACACCCAAAAUAUAACUCUUAAGGAAUGGAAUGAAUUUAAGAAGGUUAAUUUGGAAAGAGUUAAGCAUAAAUUGGGUCGCAAUCUAAAACGAUAUGAAGAGCAAAUAUUGCUAUUUGCAAAAUCGUGUCGUGUAUGCUAUCGCCAGAAUGACCUGAGUGUCGUUUGCAAGUCAUGCAUGUCGGUUAGCAUGUGUUCUACGCACAAAUCGUCAGCUUAUGUGCACAGCUGCGCGGAACUACGGCUUUGUAUAAAACUAGAUAUCGAAAAUGCCGUAACAAAUGAAGACGAUAUAACAAUACCGGUAGAGCUUGUAGAUUAUUUAAGUUUGCACGAUAUGAAAACACAUAUUCAACGUCGUUUAGGACGUCGUAGAAAUUUCGAAACAUGGAACUAUGCUGAUUUUUUAUAUACUGAUUGCCUCUCAAAACCAUUGACGUUAUUGUUUUACAUACAAAGAGCAAAUAUGUGCGAUCUGAAGUUAUUUUCGCGCUUCGUAAUUCACAUUAUAGCCGGAACCUUCACGGAUCAAAAUAGUUUAUUUGCUUGGGAAGCUUUCUUACAUCAAAUGAUUCCUGGUUCAACAUUAUAUAUUAUAAUGAUAGACCCAUGCUUAGAACCAGAUUUAACUGCUACACGGCUUUGUGAAACUUGCCACGCAGGAAACAAAGAUCUUUUUUUUGUUUAUCGUGAUAUGACAUAUAGAAAUUAUAGACGUACUGAGUCAUAUCUAAGUCCAGAUAUAAUUGUAGGAUUUGACAUAGAUUUUAAAAAUGACAAAAUGGCUGUUUUAACAGCAUUAUUGAGGCAGGAAAAAUCGUUAGUUUUGACCUGCAAAUCAGAAAGUAAGGCGCAAGAGAUCGUUACGGAAAUAGGGACAACAUACUUCAAAGUACCUAUCAUUAAUGAGAAGAAUAAAUUCGCAUCUUGUAGACCAUACAGAGAUGUUGAGAGUGAUUCUGUGUUCUUUCUUAAUCAGCAUUUAAUUAUGUAUUUAGAGGCUGACAGAUGAGAACUUAAAUAUUUCUAGUAAGGACAACAAACCCAGUAUAAGCAACAAUUUACUUGAAGAAUAAUUGUAUCGUCACACUAUUCGUCGGUCGCAACAUUAUAAACAAUUUACAAGAUAAAAGACUUUUAUAAAUAUA